CUGGACCGAGAGACCCUCCCGAUCCUUUCCGGUGGUCUGUCUCCUCCCUGACUCCAGCCAAACUUGCAGCAGCAGCCCAGUUUCUAGCGGGGGUGUCAGUGUCCCUUUAACUAACCACAGUCGCCGGGAAGGAACGCAUGCGCAGGACGCGGCUUCGGUGCGGGGGUGACCCAGCGGAGGCCGCCCCCAGUGUAGCCCCCGGGCGGCUAAGCCCCAGCGCGCCCAGCCGGCUGUUUUCUGCGCUUGGGCCUGAAGCGCCGCCUGGAGGGUUUGUAGAACGCGGUCCUCGCGCGGCUGCCAGCCAGCCCGCCCUCUUUGUUCCUCGCCUGCUGCUCCAGUAUCAGCAGACACAGCAUCUGCCCAGCCGCGUCCUCGUCCUUGUCCAGCGGCAAGGCGAGCCGGCGGGCGGGCCUUGGUCCCUUCGGCACGCCUGCACAGCUAACGGGUCUGGCAGAAAGGAAGGAAGCAAGCGGGCAGGCGCAAGCACCCCCUUCUUCUCUCUGGCGUCUGCCUGCCUGCCUCUUUCCCAGCAGCCGCGCUCGUGCCAUUGUGACCCGCGCUGAGCUCACCUGCCUUGCAGCCGGCGGGGUUUCGGAUGCCCCUCAGAAAAGACACCCUCGAGCGGCCCCAGGAAGCCGACACCCUCGCCUCUCUCUCUUUCCCUUACCCCCUCCCCCUUUUGCACCCUGCAGAGCGUCUCCUCGCCUUGCCUGCGUCUUGUUCCCGUCACCUUCUUUUGUUUGGCUCCCUCGCCUGCUCCUUCUGGCCAAAGGGGACCGCAAGUCUCCCAAGCUUCGCUCGCUGGCUCUUCUCCUGCUCCCUGGGGAUGUUUUUUUGGACCUGCUGCUCCAACAGCUGACGAUGUCCUGCUAGGGGCCUCUGCUUGCUAACUGCCAUGUCUUCAGCAACAGCCGGCUCUGUCUCCAGCAACCCGAAGAGGCCUGGAAGUGCUGCACUCUAAGCAAGGGAAGGUCACACGAUGGAUGCUGGGAUGUCAGGUGGCAAAGUGGAUGUUGGUGGAGGAGGCAGUGCUGCUGUGCAGCAGAGGUCCGAGGCCACCGAAGGGGUAGCACAAAGAGAGGAAGAGCAAGAAGAAGAUGGUGAUGAAGAUCUUCGAGAUGGGGGAGUCCCUUUCUUUGUGAACCGAGGAGGGCUUCCCAUCAAUGAGGCCACCUGGGAGAGGAUGUGGAAACAUGUGGCCAGGAUCCACCCUGAGGAAGAAAGGGUAGCCCUCAGGAUCCGGGGAGCCACUGACUUACCCAAGAUUCCCAUACCAAGUGUGCCUACGCUCCAGCCAUCCACUCUUAUCCCUGAGCGCCUGGAAGCUAUACAGCGCUACAUCAGGGAGCUUCAGUACAAUCACACUGGGACACAGUUUUUUGAAAUCAAGAAAAGCAGGCCAUUGACUGGGCUGAUGGAUCUGGCCAAAGAAAUGACAAAAGAGGCUCUGCCAAUCAAGUGUCUGGAAGCUGUGAUCCUAGGAAUUUACCUCACCAACAACAUGCCAACACUGGAGCGUUUCCCCAUCAGCUUCAAAACCUACUUCUCAGGGAAUUACUUCCGCCAUAUUGUGCUGGGAGUGAACUUUGGGGGCCGCUAUGGUGCACUGGGCAUUAGUCGGCGUGAGGAUCUCAUGUACAAGGCACCCACCUUCCGCACACUGAGCGAACUGAUAUUUGACUAUGAGGAGGCAUACCGGCGCUGCUGGCACACCCUAAAAAAAGUGAAGCUUGGCCAGUGUGUGUCCCAUGAUCCACACAGCGUGGAGCAGAUUGAGUGGAAGCACUCCAUCUUGGAUGUGGAGAAGCUGGGCCGUGAGGACUCGCGCAAGGAGCUCGAGAGGCAUUCGCGUGACAUGAGGCUUAAGAUCAGCAAAGGAACAGGUCCACCGUCACCCACGAAGGACAGGAAGAAGGAUGUAUCAUCCCCACAGCGAAGCCAAUCUAGUCCCCAUCGUCGCAACAGCCGGACAGAGCGGCGGCCAUCUGGAGAAAAGAAACCUACAGAGCCCAAAGCCAUGCCAGAUCUGAAUGGUUACCAAAUCAGAGUGUAAAAGAGUCUCGUCAUUCAAGGAUUGCUUGCUGGACACUUGUUUGAACCAAGUCUGCUUCUGGGGGGCACAGUGGGCAUGAAUUGCUGUCCCCCGACCCAAGCUAUUUCCUGCAAUGGUGGCCUCAGAGCCCUAUUCUGUGGAUUUCAAGGUAUUUGCUUCUCUGACUUGUAUGAGAUGACAUUUUUUUUAAAAUCCAUCAACUAAACAAACUCUUAAAGUAGCAGACUCUGCCAGUCCGUGUUGCACUGUUGUACAGUAUUGGUAAGGAAAAUAAUCUUUUGCUGAGUGACGGGAGGCUGCUGCCCACCAGCCCACGAAGUCCUGGAAUUCCUUUGACUUUGUUUAUAGCCCUUUAGUGGGAAUCUUGCUGUCUUUCUCUCUUGAAGGAAUCAAGCUAGCAUGCGGCCUCUGGAAGGAGAAGGAGGGACUGGAAACAAAAAGCUGAUCCUGUGGAAGAAUUUUUGGAUUUGUACCUUCUGAGAAUUUUAAUAUUUUUACUAAGGGUGGGGCAGGGAAAAAGCAAACCAUGUCUUCGCAUGUGCCCUCAAACCACCAUCUUCAUUCUUGUACUUCUGUUUCAAAUGAUGGAGUGCCUUGUAUGAUGAGAACGUGCUCCUCCGUCAUGCAGCUCUGGCGGCAAGCGGAAGCUGACUGGUUUGUUCAGGAAAUCACCCUUCACAGGAGGCAGCUCCAUUGCCUGCACUUCUUGUGUACGGAAGGCGAAUGAAGGAUGGUAAUAUUUUAAUUGGACUAGCAAUGGCAGUCAUUCUCUCUGUUGUGUUCAAGAGAUUGGUUGGAGACCAGGUUUCCAUCUCUUCAUUUUCUGGUGCUAUUCUGGUGUCCUGUAUGGACUGGCAGAGCAUCCUAGCCUUUCCAGGUGGGAGUGGAGUGGGGGAGUAAAGAGCAGAUCCCUAUGACUUGGCUCUAUGAGUAUUUCUCCCUUUUAAAGUAAAAGGAAUCUCUCUGUCCCACUCUCUCCCUCUUUAACAAUACCACCCUUUCUUUUCAUCAAGGUGUGCAUUCAUUGUUAUAUGAAGAUCACAUACUGAAGAUUCUUAAGAUAUACCCACCGGCUUUUUUAGCAGCAGAUAUGCAGAAAAUAAUGCAUGAAGCUUGGCCACCCCACAUCCUGGGAUCUGUGCCCCCUUUUCUGCAUCCCCCCUUUCCUGUCUAUUCAAAACAAUCAAAAUUUCAAAGUUUCCCAUGUCUAGCCCAGACCGAAGCCUUGUGUUGCCUUUCUGUCUGUCUGAUAUUUUUAGCAGUCAAUUUGCAGCAAUGUACCUGUACAUCCUUUUUUUAAACACUUAAGACUCCUUGUUAAUUAAAUACGGUAAAAUGUCU